CAAUGUUCAUUGUAAUAGGGGGAAUACGCAUGUAGAUUUGAAUGAAAACUGGUCAGAUUGCGGCAUUAUAAUUUCUACCUUUUAUGAGCUAUUGGAGAAUUUAUCUGUAGCCUAUGCUAACUAUAGCCAGUAGUUUUCUAAUCUAGUUAGAUCAACUAACAAAGCACAGUUGUGUAUGCUUUUAUAUUACUUUGUGAUAACUUGCAGAGAUCAUUCAGCUGUAAACUGAAAUAACGGAGCAGUGGGCUACAGUAGGCAGCCAGAUGCAGACGGUGAGUGUUUAACAACCGGAAGUGCGCGCGCUUAUUCCCACUGACGGAGAAUAGGGUUACAAAAAAGGACGUCUAGACCAUCUAAAUAUACAAUAGGCUUCUCCCGAAGGCCAUGUCUAAUGAACACGCACCCCUCCUCGCCCAUGGGGUUUGUGGUCUGUCUGUAGACACAGCAGUAUGUGGCAUGGGGGGGUCCGAGGGCACUGGGGAGGCCAGCACUCCUAAUGCUGUACCCCGAAAACUCAACACAUUCUUCGGGGUGAUAGUGCCCACCGUCCUCUCCAUGUUCAGCAUUGUCCUCUUCCUCAGAACUGGGUUUGUGGUUGGCCAUGCGGGGCUCUUGCAGGGUCUUGUGAUGCUGCUUGUAGCCUACACCAUUAUCUCCCUCACCAUCUUGUCCAUCUGUGCUAUUUCCACCAAUGGUGCUGUGCAGGGAGGCGGGGCCUAUUUCAUGAUCAGUCGAUCGUUGGGCCCAGAGUUUGGAGGAAGCAUUGGCCUCAUGUUCUUCCUUGCUAAGGUGUGCGCGUGUGGAGUGUAUGUGCUUGGUCUGGUAGAGGCCAUACUUGACAUAUUUGGUCAGGAUCCAGCGUCGUCCUCUGCAUUGCGGGUGCUUCCCCAGGGCUACUGGUACACAGUGCUGUACUCUUCCAUAGUUCUCCUGCUGGUUCUGUUGGUGUGCCUAGUGGGCGCCCACAUCUUCGCCCGCACCUCCUUUCUCAUCCUGCUGGUGGUGACCAUCUCCUUGCUGUCCAUCUACAUCAGCCCCCUGGCGCUGACCACGCCCCUAAACUUCCUCAUCUCCCACCAGGGCCCUGGCAACCAGACCCUCACCUACAACGCCAGCUACACAGGCUUCAACGGCACAACACUGAGGGACAACCUGGGCUCGAGCUACACUGUGGACUAUAGCACCGGUAAAGUAAUGUCAUUCGCCUCCGUGUUCGCUGUCAUGUUCACCAGCUGUACCGGAAUCAUGGCCGGAGCCAAUAUGUCAGGAGAGCUGAAGAACCCCAGUGCUGCCAUUCCCAAAGGCACCAUUAUUGCAGUCCUCUACACCUGCAUAGUCUAUGUCCUGCUCUUCAUCCUGGCCAGCUCCACAUGUGAAAGGACCCUGUUGGUUCAGGAUUACGGGUUCUUCCAGCGUAUAAACAUUUGGCCGCCAUUUGUAACCAUUGGGAUCUACUGUUCCGCCCUAUCAGCAGCCAUGUGCUCUCUGAUUGGGGCGUCCCGGAUCCUCCAUGCCCUUGCACUGGACCAGCUGUUUGGUAAGGAUGUUGUUGAACACGUUUCGCAAAGAGUAACAGAGCAAAGGACAUGUUUUGGGCUGACACAGAAUAAGGAGCAUAAUGUUGAUGUAAUGUUGAUGUUACCCAUAGGUUUUCCAUUGGCUCCUGCUGCUAUCACUUCCAGCUCUGGUAACCCAUGGGUGGCAGUGCUAUACACCUGGGGGUUGGCACAGUGUGUGGUGUUUGCAGGCCAACUUAAUGCCAUAGCUGGCCUUGUGACAGUGUUCUACCUGCUGGCCUAUGCUGCUGUCGACUUGGCCUGUCUGGCUCUGGAAUGGGCAUCGGCCCCCAACUUCAGGCCCACCUUCCAGGUGUUCUCCUGGCACACAUGUCUGCUGGGCAUUCUGAGCUGUCUGGUGAUGAUGUUUGUCAUUAAUCCUGUCUACUCUUCAGCCAGCAUCAUCCUCCUCUUGCUGCUGUUGCUCUUCCUGCACUACAGAUCACCCACCAGCAGCUGGGGAUACAUCAGCCAGGCUCUUAUCUUCCAUCAGGUGCGUAAGUAUCUGCUGAUGCUGGACGUGAGGAAGGACCAUGUGAAGUUCUGGAGGCCCCAGGUGUUGUUGAUGGUGGCCAACCCUCGCUCCUCCUGCCAGCUCAUCAACUUUGUCAAUCAGCUGAAGAAGGGCGGCCUGUUUGUGCUGGGACACGUGAAGCUGGGAGAUCUGGACACCCUGCCCUCAGACCCUGUCCAGCAGCAGUAUAACUUCUGGCUGAGUCUGGUGGAUAAGCUGGGAGUGAAGGCCUUUGUGGAUCUGACUCUGUCCCCCUCUGUGAGGCAGGGCACACAGCAUCUGCUGCGCAUCACUGGCCUGGGCGGCAUGAAGCCCAACACUCUGGUCUUGGGGUUCUAUGACAGUUGCACCCCUGAGGACUACUUCCUCCAAGACCCUGCCUUCUAUGAGUCAGAAGAGGCCGGAGGGGAUGAUUUUGGGGUAGAUCUACCCUCUCUGCAAGCCCACUUCCCUCCAGUCCGCCAUGUGGAGAGUCCACGCUGGCUCACGCCAGAGGAGUAUGUGGGAAUCAUCUCGGAUYCCAUCAAGAUGAGUAAGAACGUGUGUCUGGGCCGCUACUUCUUCCAGCUGCAGGGGGAGAGCAUGGGGACCAAGAUGGACGGGGCUGGGAGGAUCAUCGACGUGUGGCCCCUCAACCUGCUGCGUCCGGGCAGCACCUCAGCAGCCUCUGUUGACGUGUGCAGCCUUUUCCUGCUGCAGAUGGCGUGUGUCCUCAACAUGGCCAGCAGAUGGCGCCAUGCCAGAAUGAGAAUAUUUCUGUGUGUGGAGGCAGAGUCAAGCGACCAGGGCUGGGUGGUUAAAGAGGAGACCUUCCGGGAGCUGUUGAGGAAGCUGAGGAUCAGGGCCUCCAUCAAGAUAGUGCCUUGGGACUCUGUGGUGCAGCUGUACYGACAGAAACAGACACAGGACGCAGGGCUGGGGGAGCUGGGCCUGACGAGGCCGGCCCCAGCCCUCUCAGAGGACUUCUUGUCUGCAGUCAACUGCCUGCUGAUGGAGCACAGUGCUCAGGCUGCUGUCCGCUUCCUGUAUUUACCACGCCCCCCUACUCACUCUAGCCAAUCACAACAAUACCUUAGUCAGUUGGAAGCUGUGACUCACGGUUUAGGCCCAACCCUCUUGAUUCAUGGUCUCACCCCAGUCACGUGCACUGAGCUUUGAGUGUGUCACUGUGUGUUUAUGGGAUCAAUAUGUCAUGUAGCUAACUUAAUCCUGAACAUAAUAGAAAGGGCAGUCUGUUGAUUGCUUAACAUAUGAGGUACAUGAUGUAUGUGUUAGUUAGACAAUAAACACACAGGCACGCUACACAACAGGACCUAUUGGUAUAGCUCUGUUCUGUAGGCACAUAGUUUCACAUCUUGUAAUGUAACUCAUUUACACAUCUACUAAUUUCAGAAAUGAACACAUUUGGCACCUAGUCAGUCGCAGUAAAAGCAUCCUUUAAGCUGUCUCCUCCCUUUCAUCUACACUGAUUAAAUGGAUUUAACAAGUGACCUCAAUAAGGGAUCAUAGCUUUUACCUGGAUUCACCUAGUCAGUCUGUCAUGGUUUGCACACUGUGUAUAUUUAUUUGUUCAUACUAUAAUUUAAUGGAGUAGAAGAAGAGUUGAGUUCCAACUCUGGAUUCUGAAAUGGAGAAAAGGCUACAUAUGUUUACUAGCUAUGGAAACUAGAAUUUUGUGUUCUUUUAUUUGAUGUUGAACACAUUCUCUUUCCAUUGACCCCUUUUCCCAGCAUAUUCCUCUUCAGAUUGUGACCCAGUUUGGGAGAGCUCACGACUGUCUGGACCACAUGAUCUCUUAGGAUUUUAGGUCAUUCACCAAUUGGUCAUGUUGAAAUGCUGCUUUUCCGGACUAUUAUCUGGUCCAUGAUGGAACAUGAAUUCAAAGUUCCUGACCCCGCUCUUAACAAGAUGAGUCCCUAAUGCUUGACAAUAUUAUGUAAUGUUAAACAAUCACAAAGGCACUAACAGGCAGAUUAAAUAUCAAUUGCUAAUUUAUUUUGUCACAUUUUUUAUGUAUCAACUUUAUGCCAAAUGCUACGGCGCAUUCCAUUAAUUUAUUACUUGGGGAAAGUAUUUGAAUUCUUCUGCUGUGCUUUUCUUAUGUACAGAUGUAGGAAACAAUGUUACGGAGUUACUGCAAGGAGUUUUGUAUUCAUGCAAGCUAUUUUUAAAUACUAAUUGAAGCAUGUAUUAGGCGCUAUGUGAAAGCUUCUACAUUUAACAAGACUUGUGGGACUUUUGUGCUUUAAGCAGAAAUAGGACUAUAAAGAGAACUGAAGUUACUAUAUGUUUCUGACUGCUCAGAAUCCAUGUACUGUUCUCUCGUUGUGUGACAGACUGUUCUCCAGCGUCUGUGGAUUUCUUAUUGAGUGCCAGAUAGGUCACAAGCUAGUUUUGCAGAACAUACUUUAUUCAAGAAUAAGAAUAGACAACGUAUAGCAUACUGAGUAACAUAUGUGUAGAGGAAACAGUAACAAAUAUGACAGUAAUUUGUGAAUGGGUUUGUAAUAUGCAAUAAAAUAAACAAUAGUAAUUUG